GACUAAAACUUCCCCUCUAAAAUAACUUUCAAGCCGAAGAAAAAUCAAUAAUCUCAUCAAAUGUCGCUAUAAACACGCAAUUUGCAAACAUAAAGGAAAUCAUUAGUUCAACUAAAAUCGGGAUCGGGUUUGUUACAGUAAAUUGACUAAAAGUAGCGAAAAUUACAACUACGUAUGAAAAACGACUAGAGAAAAUAGCCAAAAUACCAACUCGAAUCUGGAGUUUUCUUUUAAAACAAAGAGAAAAAUUCGAUCACCUUCAUUCAGGUCAAAAUGCGCUCAUUGUCGAAUAAGCCAAAUACGGUCCAGCUACCGAAAGUCAAUCCUCAUGGUAACGUCGAGGAAGUGGCUGGCGCACAGGAUACCAUUUAUCUGUGCAAUUUCCGUGUGUCGGUUGACGGUGAAUGGUUAUGCCUGAAAGAGCUACAAGAUCUGGAAAUUCAAGAUUCGGCAAACAAUCGUAAUGACGAACUGGGAACGGUCGCUAAUUAUGGUAUUUCCAAUUCGAAUGAUAAUUACGAACAGAAGAACGAUCGUGAAUGGGUUAAUUAUUCGCGUGAUCCAGCCGCUAUAGAACGAAGUAAUCUAGUGAAUAUAUGCAAAUUGGUCGUUAAAGAAUUACUGGAACAGUCAUUACGAUUUGGUCGAAUGUUAGAUAGUGAUCAUCUUCCAUUGCAGCAUUUUUUUAUUGUGUUAGAACAUGUCUUGCGGCACGGUCUUAAACCGAAAAAGGGUCUUCUUGGCCCGAAAAAAGAACUCUGGGAUAUUUUACAAAGUGUGGAGAAAUAUUGCUACGAAGCACAGGAUAUCACAGCUAGUGUUCGAGAUCUGCCUACCGUGCGAACACAUAUGGGUCGGGCUAGGGCUUGGUUGCGAAUAGCAUUAAUGCAGAAAAAAUUAGCUGAUUAUUUGCAGGCGUUAAUGGAACACAAAGAUGAGGCAUUAGCUGAAUAUUAUGAACCACACGCUUUGAUGAUGAGCGAUGAAGUUAUGGUCAUUUUUGGAAUUUUAGUUGGAUUGAAUGUGAUUGACUGUAAUUUAUGUGUAAAAGAAGAGGACUUGGACUCACAACAGGGUGUUAUUGACUUUUCACUAUACUUACGUUCGAGCUCUCGGUCAAGUCCAGAGGAUGAUGCCGCACACAAUGCAAUUGAGGGAGCUGCAGGCAAUAUGUCGGCCGUUCUCGAUCAGAAGAACUACAUAGAAGAGUUAAAUCGUCAUUUAAACGCAACAGUUGGGAACUUGCAAGCCAAAGUGGAAACGUUAACGACAACAAAUGCGUUAAUGAAAGAAGACUUGGCUAUAGCACGGAAUAGUUUGAUGGCAUUGCAAUCGGAAAAUUUAGCUCUUCGUCAAAAUAGGUCGAAUACGGUUUCGACGGCCGAUAGUACAAACAUUCUCGACAAAUUUGAUCCCGAAAUGGCAGAAGCGUUAGCAGACGAAAAGAAGAAGAAGCAUGAAGUUGAGCGGGAAUUAGAGUUGCAGAUGUCACUGAAAGCUGAAACGGAAAUGGCAAUGAAGCUACUGGAAAAAGAUAUUCACGAGAAACAAGAUACGAUAGUUUCGCUACGUAGACAGUUGGAUGAUAUUAAACAAAUCAAUUUAGAAAUGUAUCGAAAGUUGCAGGAGUGCGAAGCGUCCCUAAAGCAUAAAAGUGAAUUGUUGUCGAAGCUUGAGUCACAAAAGGAGACCAUGCAGAAUGCUAUAACUCAACUACAAAACAAAUAUAUGUCCGAAAUGGCCGGUCUAAUAGUUCUCCAAGACAAAUCCGAAGCAUUAGCGUUGAAAAAUAUUGCUUGCGAAGAGCGUGCGUCACAAGCUGAAGCUGAGCUGCGAAUAGAGCGCGGCUAUCGCAUGGAAGUACAGCAAAGCGAGUCCGACAAAAUCGAACAAAUCAAUAACUUACAGUGCAACAUAAAACAAUUGCACGAUGAUGCACGGAAACAUGAGCGAGUCCGGCAGGAACUGGACAAAUUGAAGAAACAAUGGUCUGAGGCACAAACAACAUUGGAGGAACUUGGCAUACAGUUGAGUGUCAGUAAAUUGCAGGUGUCCGAAUUGCAGGAGAAGGUGAAUUUGAAAGAAAGCAACAAAAAUUCGAAUGCUGAUGGCAUUGGUACCUGGACACCGGACAGCAUGUCGUCGAAAUGUCGCGGCUGUAAUAGGGAGUUUAGUUUAACUAAACGGAAGCACCACUGUCGAAACUGUGGCGAGAUAUUUUGCAACAGUUGCUCGGAACAAUUAGCACCACUACCGAACGAUCAGGGACAAUUUGGAAAACCAGUACGCGUUUGUGACGGAUGCUGGGAAAUCAUUAAUGCACCGAGAAACUAGUUUUUGAUGAUGUUCAUUUAACAACAAAUUUUAUUUUGAAAAUAACGAAAAUGCCUUAACUGUUAGAAUGAUGUUGCGUUGAAGAAUAUUACGUAAUAAUCAGCUCCUGCUAAACUAUAUAUUUUGAUUGUAAAAAAGAUGA